AUGGUCCUUGAGCAGCAAGGCAACAACCGCUUCAAGAAGCGCCAGGAAAACGUGUAUCUCAGCGGGUCGGGCCAAGCUACAGAUAGUUGUCAAAAUGCAGUGGUUCACGAUCUGGUCAAUGGACAGCUCUUCGCGAACUCGAAUGCGGGCGCUUUACAAUUUGGCACCACAUCCGGCACGACAUAUGCGAACUUUACAGCAACUUCCAAUCCUGGAGACAGCACCACUGCCUUUUCAGUCGACAUUCAAAAAAAAACCUCAUGUGGAGGAAGCCAGGGUAUUCCUGGCCCGACCGGAGCUACCGGAGCUGUGGGGUCGCCUUCGGGUGCGUCAGAUCUUCCAGAUGCCACCGGCCCGUCAGGUCCGUCAGGUCCCCAGGGUCCUCAAGGUGCUGUCGAUAUAACAGGUCUUUUAGGUCUUUUAGGUCUGUCAGGUCUGUCAGGUCCUUCACUGUCCGGUCUUCCAGGUGCCACCGGCGCAGCUGGCCCAUCGGGUCCCUCAGGUCCGUCCGGUCCGUCCGGUCCCGCGGGGCCGACUGGUGCAACAGGACAGAAAGGCGCGGAUUCGAUCCAAUUCGCCUCUCUGGGAUGUUGGGCGCAGAGCUGCAACUCUGCCGGCACAUGUGUCGCUCUGGGUAACUAUAGCACAAACGGCGGCUUCAAUUCUACACUCACAGGCAGUUCAACCGCCAAUAUCGAUGCGCAAUGCGCAAGCAUCUGUAUAACCGAGAACGGCGCCAACUUUUUCGGCACAGUCAGCGCUUCGUCAGGAGCCACAGCUGAUUGUUACUGCGGCUCUGCAAUCACUAGGUCUACGAGUUUGACGUCCAACUGCGUGCCGUGCUAUGACCAGAGCGUGGGGCUCUGCGGGAAAUAUCAGAUGUCAAUUGCAGUCUAUGCAAGGGCUUUCUAG